CAUCGUGUGUUAAUAAUCCGUAUUGACAGCAAGUUUUCUCCCGGAACUGUGAACAUGACAGAGCAGCGCUGAUUGAAAUGGCGUCAGUCACAGCCCGUAGCUGGGCUCUCUGCGCGGUCUCUCUCUUAAAUCUGCUCUUUGUGUUCAUUUCUGGGGCGGACUUCAUUCGCUUCGUGUCGUUCCGACCCAUUUAUCACAACAUUACAGGGGAGACGACGCUCUGCCAAGACUCCGUCCCCUGGCCCGUGGCCUUGAAGGACAGUUCUGUGCUCUGGGCUCUUGUUGUGGAUCUGUCCUUGCUGGCUCUCUUCGUUGCCCAGCACAGCCUGAUGGCCUGGGCUCCGGUCAAACGGGCCCUGCAGACGGUGCUGGGGCCCCUGAACAGGACAGCUUACUGCUUCACUACUGCACUCGCCCUCCAGAUCCUGAUGCAUCACUGGCAGCCAGUGACUGGCGCCCCCUGUCUGUGGUCAGUGCGCCAUGCACCCUGGAGUGUCUGGUUCCCUCUGCUCUGCUUUGCGUUGCACUUCCUCUGCUGGGCCAUCAUCUGCAGCAUCCUCGUUAUUUUUGAUUAUCCAGAACUGCUGGGUAUUAAACAGGUGUAUUAUGAGUGCCUGGGUUUGGGGGACCCUUGGGCCCAGAAACCAGCUCCGGCUCAGCGCCUGCUGUCCCACCUCCGCCACCCCGUCUGCCUGGAGCUGGCCGUCAUCCUGUGGCUGCUGCCGGCCUUUUCCCUGGACAGGCUCCUGCUGGCCGGCACCCUGUCGGCCUACGUCGGCCUGGCGCACUCUCUGGACAAACAGGAUUUAGCCUACCUGUGCGCCCAGCUUAAAGGCAAGGUGUGGCUCUUAGCGGAGCCGCAGUGCGGCGGCGUGGAGCAGAACGGCAGCAAGGAGAAGGAGGGUUAAAGGAUCCAAAGCUGCCUUCAUGUUACAACUACUACUGACAUAUUUGUUUUUACCACAUAGUAGGUUUUUAAAAGGUGAAUUAUUCUUGGAAAACUGUCUUGAUGAGAUUUCACGCUGUAUUUUAGUGCUGGAUGAAAGAAGAAGAGAAAGUCUGGGUGCAUUUCUGAUACUAUGAAUAUAUUUCUCUGACUGACUUGAACAAAGUGAGUUAAAACUUCAUGUCUGGAUUAUACAGGGUGACCAGUGCUUUUGUCUACUUUCAAUUCACAGUACUGUAAUAGUUUUAUUUAGACCACAAGUGUCAAACUCGAGGCACGUGGGCCGAAUCUGGGCCAUCGUAGCCGUUUAUGCGGCCCUCCAGACUCUAUAAACGGCCACAAAAACAGAACUUCAAGAAAUCAAAUUAGGAUUUUUUGUAUCGUGCCAAAUUACAUCAAUGUGAAAAGAUGUUAAAUAUUAAUUCAUUUUAAGAGCCACUUAUUGAAUAUGCAGAGUUUUUUAAUGUAUAAUUUUAUUUGUACAUUCUGCCAGAAGGAAACUCAUAAUCUGGAUGUAAUUAGAGAACCACAAUCAGAACUUUCAGUAUUUUGUACUCUACAUUAAAUACAUUAACCUUG